AUGCCUCGGGUUGCUCAAGCGCCACGCGCCGGGGCCGGUGGCUCCAGAUCGACAUCUGGUUCCCUCGCCGCAUCACCCUUCAAGUCCCCCGUCAAGAUCCCCCUCAACGACGAUGCGCAAGAAAAGGGCGAGCGAAUGAACUCGCGCAAGGCCCUCCACGAGAAGCAGAUCAACCAGAUCAAGGCGGCGGCGACGCCGCGAAAAGCCAGCAUCAGGCUGGACGACCUCGAGAAUGCCUCACCCGGCAGCGCCAUGGGCACGCCUCGCCGGAAUCGGGCCGGCAUCGACAUGGGCGACGAGAACGUCAUGGUCGGCGGCGUCGCCGUCACGCCCAUGAAACGCGUUCCCCUCCUCGCCAACUUUGAGGAAUGGAUGAAGAUGGCGACGGACAACAAGAUCAAUGCGACCAACUCUUGGAACUUUGCCCUCAUCGACUACUUCCACGACAUGUCCCUGCUCAAGGAAGGCGAUGGCGUCAACUUCCAAAAGGCCAGCUGCACCCUCGACGGCUGCGUCAAGAUCUACACGAACCGAGUCGACAGCGUCGCCACCGAGACGGGCAAGCUGCUGAGCGGCCUCGCCGACAGCAACAGCGGCAAGAAGAAAGGCCGCGAAGGCGAGGAUGGCGACAGCGAGGAAAGCGACGAGGACGAGCUCGACGAGGAUGGAAACGUGAAGAAGAAGGCGAAGAAGAAGACCCAACGGUCGUCCGAGGCGACGCUGGCACCAUCCUUUGCCUCCCUGCAGCUCAAGAAGUUCGAGCUCGAGUUUGGCGUCGACCCCCUCUUCAAGAAGGCCUCGGCCGACUUCGACGAGGGUGGUGCCAAGGGCCUGCUGCUCAACCACCUCAUGAUCGACACCCAGGGUCGCAUCAUCUUUGACAGCAGCGACGACUCGGCCGACGUCAUCACCAUCGGCAAGGCCAAGGACGCCACUGCCGGCGAUGAUGAGGCUGAUGAUGACGACCAAGACAUGUUGUCAGCCUUGCCGGCCGAGGAAGAGGAGGAACGGAUGGCCGACGCCGACGAGGAAGAGGAGGCAGCCGUCUCCAUCGACAUUGCGUCUCUCGGCAACAUGUUUUUCCCAGACCUCGCCCAGCUCGACGAGCUGGAAGUCUGUCCGAGCCUCAAGAAUUUCGACAUCGGGGAUCCCUCCGGGUCGACCGACAUCCCUUUCCUCAGGGCCCCGGAAGACUGGAGGAUGGACCAGGACAAGGAGAAGAUGCCGGCUGCGUUCGGCGACAAGUCGGGCAUGUUCAUCGACGAGGAGGCACCCGCCGGUUUCGACGACGACGACCUCGGCCUCGGCGCCUUUGACAUGGGCGGCAACGUUUCCUUCGGCGAGGGCGGCGAGGCCUGGGCUCGCGAAGCGGCUCUCGCCCCCCAGAUGCGCGUCUAUGACGCGGGCAUCGACGAAGAGGGCGCCGACGGCGAAGGGUUCGACGAGAACGGUGAGUACGUCGUGUCCAUGGUGAAGCCGCAAAGUGCCGAGAAGAUGCACGAAGACAUCCUCGGCUUCUUCGAUCAGGCGCUGCAAAAGAACUGGACCAGUGCCGAGCACUGGCGGAUCCGGAAGAUCAAAGACAUCAACAAGCCGGCAGGUGAAACGAGGAAGCGAAGGGAGAAGGAGCCGUUCGAGAUCAAUUUCGCCUCGCCCUUGGAGCAGACCAUGGCCGACACCAUCCACGCGCAAGCGGCCAGCAACUCGGCCAUUAGCCUGCCGAAGAAGGAUUGGAAGUCCAAGUCUCGGCACUUGCUCCCCGACGACAAGCACUUCAACUCCAAGACUCUCCUCAGUCUUUUUCUCAAGCCCAAAGCUCGACUGUCGCGGCGUCGGAUGGGCGCCGGUCCUCGCGCCGGCUUCGGCAAUUUCCCGCACGACAUGCCCGCCGCCGGCGAGAUGGACGAGGCUUUCUGGGCCAACCAGAAGAGCCCCGAGGAGAUGGACCUGCCGGCCGGCGACUACGACGCCAACUUUUUCCACGACGACGUGUUGCCGUUCCCCGGUGGAGAUGACGGCGACGACGACGACAUGGAGUUUGCCGACGCGCAGGAGCACCUGUCGCCAGGUAUCGAGGGCGACGCGGGCAUGACGGAGGGAGUCGGUUUGACGGCCAUGCUGGGCGGUGAAACUCAUCCCUUCACCCAAGCCAUGGCCGGCGGCUUCGGCACGACGCUCGUGACGCAAACGAGGAGGGUGCGACCGGAAUACGUACAGUACGCCCGGCGGGCCAAGAAGGUCGACGUUCGGCGGCUGAUGGAGGAGAUAUGGAAAGGCAUGUCUUUCGACAAGCUCGAGGAGCCUGCGCAGAGCGGUGGCACUCUCCUACCCACACCCCCUGAGCCGGAGGAGCAGGCGACGGAAACGAAGCUCAAGUUUACCGAGGUCAUGAAUAGCCUGCAGUCCGUCUACCCCAAGCAGGUCAUGGCCGACAUCUCCACGUCGUACUGCUUCAUCUCCCUGCUGCACCUGGCGAACGAAAGGGGUCUCGUGAUUGAAAAGACGGAGGACCUGUUGGAGCUAGACAUUCGCAAAGAUUGGACGGCAACGGCUGGUGAGAGCGGCCUAUAG